AUGGAUGGUACUAAUACCAAGACAGCUCUGCCGUUUCGCGGUGAUUAUAUACGCUAUACGAAUCUUUUGUUUACAAAUUUGAAAUUUUGGCAAAAAAUUGUUGGUGAAAAAGUUCUAAUAUUUCAGUUGGAUUCAAUAUUUUGUUCAAAUACACCGCACAAAAUUGAAGAUUAUGUUCAAUACGAUUACAUUGGUGCACCUUGGCGUGCGUCACUUAAAACUCCUGUGCCUGUCGGUAACGGUGGAUUCUCAUUUCGUUCAAAAAUCAAAACAAUUAAACUACUGGAGAAAAUACAGUACGAUGAGAGUACACCGGAAGAUGUUUGGUAUGGUGUCAAUUUGCCCCUAGUUAAUGGAACAGUAGCACCUCCAGAGAUUGCCAAAACAUUUUCUGUUGAAACUCUUUAUUACGAAAAACCAAUGGCACUUCAUAAACUCUCUCUAAGAAAAGCCGAUAUAAAAAAAUUAUGCGAUAAAUGUCCAGAAGCAAUGUACAUUCCACCAUUUUGCAAAAAAUAG